GCUACCCCACAGCACCCCAGGGGCUCACUGGCUCCAUUUGCUGGUUGGAGGCAAGGCAUCCUCUCUGGGCAUUGGGGCACCUUGCACUGACCUGGAGCCGAGUGUUUCGUGCUUAAUGCUUGUGCCAGCAGACGUUCCUGUUCAGCCAGGCUGUGAAAUCUGUGCUUUUAAAAUCCAUGGACAAGAAAUGCCCUUCGAAGCUGUUGUGCUAAACAAAACGUCUGGAGAAGGUCGUCUUCGAGCAAAAAGUCCUAUUGACUGUGAACUGCAGAAGGAAUAUACAUUCAUCAUCCAGGCCUAUGAUUGUGGAUCAGGACCAGGGGGAACAAACUGGAAGAAAUCUCACAAGGCAGUGGUCCAUAUCCAGGUAAAGGAUGUCAAUGAAUUUUCACCAGCUUUCAAGGAGAGUGUGUAUAAGGCCACUGUGACAGAGGGAAAGAUCUAUGACAGCAUACUGCAGGUAGAAGCCAUAGACGAGGACUGUUCCCCACAGUAUAGCCAGAUCUGCAAUUAUGAAAUUGUCACAACUGAUGUUCCUUUUGCCAUUGACAGAAACGGUAACAUCAGAAACACUGAGAAACUGAACCAUGAUAAACAGCACCAGUAUGAGAUAAUGGUAACAGCUUUUGACUGUGGGCAAAAACAUGCAACAGAAGAUGUCUUAGUACGAGUUAAUGUCAAACCAGUGUGCAAACCAGGCUGGCAAGACUGGAACAAACGGAUUGAGUACAAGCCUGGUUCUGGCAGCAUACCUUUGUUUCCCAACAUUCAUCUAGAAACGUGUGAUGGACCAGUUUCCUCCGUACAUACCACCAUUGAGUUACAGACCAAUUACAUUGGAAAGGGCUGUGAUCGUGAAACGUACUCAGAAAAAUCUCUGCAGAAAUUAUGUGGAGCUUCCUCAGGUGCCAUUGACCUGUUACCAUCUCCCAGUGCAACAACUAACUGGACAGCUGGGCUUCUCAUGGAUAACAAUGACUUGAUUUUUAAAUUUGAUGGAAAGCAAGGAGCCAAAAUCCCAGAUGGAAUAGUCCCGAAGAAUUUAACUGAUCAAUUCACCAUCACUCUGUGGAUGAAACAUGGACCUAGUCCAGGAUUAAGAGCUGAGAAAGAGACUAUUCUCUGCAACUCUGACAAGACAGAGAUGAACCGACAUCACUAUGCCCUGUACGUGCACAACUGCCGAUUAGUAUUUCUGUUGCGCAAAGACUUCGAUCAGGCUGACACCUUUCGUCCUGCAGAGUUCCACUGGAAACUGGAUCAGAUUUGUGAUAAAGAAUGGCAUUACUACAUUGUCAAUGUUGAGUUUCCCGUUGUUACGUUAUACAUGGAUGGAACAACAUAUGAACCUUACCUUGUGACCAAUGAUUGGCCUAUCCACCCUUCACACAUAGCCAUGCAGCUGACAGUUGGUGCUUGCUGGCAAGGAGGUGAAGUCACCAAGCCCAGAUUUGCUCAGUAUUUCCAUGGCAGCCUGGCCAGUCUUACUAUCCGGCCAGGCAAAAUUGAGAGUCAGAAAGUGAUUUCCUGUUUGCAGGCCUGCAAGGAAGGUCUGGAUAUUAAUUCUCUUGAGAGUCUUGGCCAAGGAAUAAAGUAUCACUUCAAUCCUUCCCAGUCAGUCCUUGUCAUGGAAGGAGAUGACAUUGAGAAUAUAAAUCAAGCUCUCCGAAAGGUCUCAUACAUCAACUCCAGACAGUUUCCUACUGCAGGCAUACGACGUCUCAAAGUCUCAUCUAAAGUCCAAUGUUUUGGUGAAGAUGUCUGCAUUAGUAUCCCAGAUAUAGAUGCGUAUGUAAUGGUGUUUCAGGCCAAUGAGCCCAAGAUUACAAUAAGUGGGAUGGACCACUUUGCUAGACCAGCUGCACAAUUUGAAAGUGAAGGAGGUGUUAUUUUGUUACCCGACAUCAGGAUUGUCAGCACAGUCACUAAAAUGGAGCACUCAGUGGACUUAGAAGAACAUGACAGAGCCAAUAAGCCAGUGGUAUUACAGGAAAUGCUCCACAACCUGGAUUUCUGUGAUAUUUUGGUUAUUGGCACAGAACUAGAUCCUGAACAAGAGUGUUUAGAACUAGAUCAUGUGGAGCUUCAAGGAAAACAUCUCGAUGUCACAAAUUCCACAGCAGGAUAUUCAAUCUAUGGUGUGGACAGCAUGCACAACUAUGAACAGGUUCUUCGGCAGAUUCGAUAUCGUAACUGGUACACUUCUGCCACCUUUGACAGAAAGUUCAGAGUCAAGUGCUCCGAGCUAAAUGGACGUUACACUAGCAAUGAAUUUAACUUGGAGGUUAAUAUUCUACACAGCUCCAACUCCAACUUCAUGGACCAUGUAAAUCAUAUGAUAGUACAACCACAAUUUCUCCAAUCUGUCAACCACCCAGAGGGAAGCAUAAGUGCUGUUCACAACUCAGUUGUUCCAAGUGUGGCUACUGUCGUUAUCAUAAUCUGUGUGAGCAUACUCAUUUUCAUCAUAACCUUGGGGGUCUAUCGAAUUCGGACAGCUCAUCAGCACAGCUCUGCAGACAAUGAAGGAAGUAAAGAAAAUGAAAUGGAUUGGGAUGAUUCUGCUCUGACAAUUACCGUCAACCCCAUGGAGAAAUACGAAAAGCCUUACCAGACAGAAGAGGAGAGUGAGGAAGACGACAUAGAAGAUGAAGAGGAAGACACAACCAGUGCUGAAUCAGAUGAAAGUGAAGAGGAGGAGGAGGAGGAGGAGGAGGAGGAAGUGAUUGUCCAAAAGGGAGACAAACAGAAUGCCACCAGGAAAGAGCAGUUGGAGUGGGAUGAUUCAACACUCCCAUACUAACAGCCCUCCAGCCACAUUGCUCCUUUGUAACAACCAAUACAAUGUUUUUUCAGAGUCUAUGAAUUCAUUGACAGGAUUUGAACUGCUGCUUGCCUGUAACUGUUUUGCCUAAAAUGAUCUUCUUGUAGUAAUUGAUAAUGAUAGAACUGACCCUUUUCUUACAAAGCCCAGAGAAAACAUGAUACAAACUUACUGGCAUCACCAGUAAUAAGGUAAUCUAGAACUUGAUCUGUUAGCAAGUGUAGUUCUCAAUUUCCUGUUUCUAUACCCCAGAUAUGUGACAAAAGUCCUGUCACUCAAUCCAUAGAGGUUUUUGCCUUUGCUAUUUUUUUCAUACAGGAGAGAUUUCAGCUUGUUAUGAAGAAUUACUUGUGUGGGUCCAAAUAACAGUUGCCAUUUUACUUCACAGUCUUACAGGUGUAAAAUGUAAUCCACCUUCAAAUUGGGGCAGAGUUUUAGUGCUACAGGUGACAGACUGAAUUCCAUUUGUCAUCUUGUCCUGCCUUCUUGGAUGUUAAUGAUCUUCUACAAGGGAAUAUCUAGGACUUGACACGGGAUGCAUGUGUGCCUGUGUAGAAGUGGACAGUGUAUUUUUCAGGCAUGCUGAACCCUCAAGACAGGGAUUUUGUCUAACCCACCCACAGAAACUUAAGAGAGUUUAAAAAACCAGCAACAACAAGGGGCUGCUGAAGGUUACAAAAGAAAAUCGUUCUGUGUCCACAGAUUGAGUAAUAUGAUCUUAUGCAAACUGUAAAUUCUCAUGGGAUUGAUUUACUGAAAACCUGUAGAGCUGCUCAUUAGUUAUGGAUUGAGCAAUUUGCAGCAAAUCAAUGCUUUAAACUGUCUUGUAAAAUCAUUAUCUUGCUGCAGUAUCUUAGUGAAGUAGUGGAAAAUAAGUGACCCCAUUAUUCCCUAGCUAUGUAUGGUUGGGAUUUAAACAAUGAUUUUACAUGAGGAAAAUGUUCCAUUUUGCUUUAGUGAAUGCCAGCUGGAAUUCCUGUCUGACUGCAUUCUCAAAAACAUUAUACUCUAUUUCUUCUGUAGCCUUGCCCACCUAUGAGUGGCACAAAAGAAAGUGACAACAUACACAACUGUCAACUCACUCUCUUUUGUGCUCAUAAUUCUCCCUUAUUUCUUCUUCCUGAAGCCAUUAAUGUUGAGAAAAGGUUUUAUAAAGUAAAGAAGAAUAAGAACAAAUAAAACCUACCUGGAACCAAAAGAAGCAAAAACAAAACCUAAACUCGUAAGAGGUUGAGACAGUAUUUUAGUUUGUUAUGGUAACACAGCAUAUUUUUCUUAAACACUGUUUAAAAAGGAAAAAAAAAAAAGCUAAGCUACAUAUGAUGUGUUGAUAAGUCUGUGUGGUGUGGUUUUUGUCCCCUUUCCUUAAUUAUCUUUGCAUCUUCAAAUGCUCUGCAUACCAAAUGACGCAGCACUUGCUAGGAUAACUGCUCUAAUGCAUAAAAACCCAAAAUGGCAUGGAAGUGAAUGCUGCCUAGGGGCUUGUCUGGUUUUUUUCCUAAGUAUUUACUCUUCUUUACAAUUUCAUCAUGGACUUUUGCUUUUCCUUUUGUAAUUUGCUGUUUAAAAUGAGCUGCUUCCUCUUCUCUCUCCCAGAGAAACAAGCAGUCAGUCUUGCGACACCAGGACUUUCCUGAGCACCCAUGAUAUGGCAAAGAAUAACUUGAGCAAUCUUGAGGGUAUCCACCUCCCUCAAUACUAAAUUAUUAGCAGCUCCUGAACAUCUUGCAAUAUAGAGAAUAUAUUGUGGGUUUGGGAGUUCUUUUAAUUCCGGUUUCUGCAUCUGAUAGGUGCAGGGAAAGACCUUGUAGUUUAAUAACUAGAAAGUAAAUGAAGAGACCUCUAAAUUAAUUUUAA